AUGGCCACCUCCGCAGAUCUCAGUUGGGAAGAAAAUUUAACAGCUCAUUGGUUGUCCGAUGCUUCCCGGGCUGGAGUCAUAUUAAAUCCGUCUUUCCCUAAUUUGAAAAUCACUCGAGCAACUAAUAUUGAAAGUGCCUCCUUGAGUUACGCAGUUCACUCGCUGCGCAGUUCAAGCUGCGCUUCUCUGAGCGAAGACUCUCUCCGUGGGGAAGACGCCUCGGAGUCUUGCAGUCCUUGUGAAGAAAAGCUGGAUGAGGCUAAAACACCUUUUCCAGUUACGUUGGCUAAGAAACAGCCGAUGCAGAUGGUUAAAGAUGGUCCAGCCCAGUGUGAAGCUCUGCAAAAUGGUUUUGAAUGUAGUCGACUGGAUGAUCUUUAUGAAGGAUGUUGCAAUGAGCCACUAACGCAGAAGCUUGAGCAGCUGAAAGGACUGCAGCAGCUCAAGCAAGAAGAGCUGAAAAGGCAACAAAUGGAGCAAAUUCAAAGGCUAAUAGAAGAACAACAGAAACUACUUUCCAUGGUUUCUGAGCAGCAGGCACACACCGGUGUUGCUGUAACAGAAGAUGACAUGUGUCUACAGUAUAGUCACUUGCCCCAUGCAUCUUACUUCCCACCCUGUCAUGUUGGAAACAGUGUUCCCUGGGACAGUGCGUCUUGUGUUUCUCCUGCUGGACAAAAAGAUUCUCUGCAAAUAUUAAACAACGACCAAAUAUCAAAAGGAAUUUCCUGUGAAGAUUCUUCCUAUGAGAAUCGGUCAUUAGAAAUCCUGAACAAAUUUGAGGUUGCAGACCAAACUUCCAUUUUGGGAGGCAGCUGUAGGUCUCCAGAACCAAAUCUGGGAGGAAGCAUGGAUGGUAUCAAUAAUGGUGAAAGCCCAGGAAACAUAGAGACUGGGCAGAGGUGCUUGGAAAUUCUCAGUGCAGAGGAAAGGCCCAUUCCUACUGUUAUUCAAGAGAGAAAACUGACAUUUGAAGAAUUCCUAGAAGAACAGAUACGAUUGGAAGAACAGCGGCUUAGCCAAAAGGAAAAUAGAAAGGAAGUUGGAAGAUCAACUUUUCAGCAAGCAGCUCCUAAGCAACCCUUUCUAAAACGAGGUGAAGGCUUAACUAGAUUUACUGGUGCCAAAUCUAAAGUAGCCAAACAAAAAGAGAGCAAAAGAACUCUUUAUCCAAAUGCUUCAGAAGUCAGCAACACAGUUAAAGCGGACAAGCCACAGCUUCAUAGGAAAAUUGCUCCUUUAAAUAAGGAGCAUGUUUCUGAUAACUCUGUGCCCAAAAAGGGUAAUCAGGUUGCUAAGCCAAAGAAGGGUUCUGUUUUUUCCGCUCAGAAAACGACAACACACAGGAAUUGCACCGGGAAAGUUAUUCCUCUGUCUACAAGACAAAACCCCAGUGAAAAAAAAGUUGGAUCAAUGAAGGAUCCUGUUGGGUCAGAGAAAAAUAAAGAAAAUCUAAUAGAACUUGCAGAGCUGAACAGAGCGGGCAGCAAGUUAUCUGGUGAAAGUCAGCAGUCGUCAACAGAGCCCACGCAAAUGCUCUUUCAUCCCAAAUGUCUUGCAGAUUUUUCUGAAAAAGACUCUCAACUCUCGUUUGAACUAUCUUUCCAGAAGAAGUUGGAAAACUGGGAUGCUGAUAAGGAAAAGGAAAAAAUUGAACUGGAUGAAUUUUUGUUUCUGGAGCAAGCUGCUGCUGAAAUAUCCUUCGCUAGCAAUUCCUCGGUUAUCCUAAAGAUCUUGGAUCAAGGGCAGCAAAUUUCUACAGAACACAGAAUGUCUUCUACUCCCGUCAAGUCGGGGCAGGCACAGCAGAGGGAUGAAGCGUUGGGUGUUACAGAAGUGAAUAAGAGAGAAGAGCUUCCUUCCCUACAAGCUAGCAAGGAGAGGGAGAGAGGCCCAGCUGCUGAAUCACAGGCACCUUUCAUAGUGAAAGAUCACUUAAACAAAACUGAUACUGAAAUACUGUGGGCCUUUCCCACCACUCAGUUUCAAGAUCUUAGAAAUACAGGGUGGGGGGACGAAGGCGACUCCAAUGGAAGCAGCGAGAUGUCUUCUGCCUCAGAGGAAGAAUUUGAAACUACCAUAAAGCCUGCAAGGGAGGAAGCCAAAGGGCUUGCUUUGAAUAGAGGCAAUAGUCCAGAAUACUCUGAGGGUACAGGACCAGAUAAAGGUGCAAGCAGGGGUGCCAAUCUUGAUUUGCCGGGAAAAGAUUUUACUAGCAGCCAAUCUAGCGAGAUAAUUGUUGACGAAGCCCCUGAAUCUCAAAGCGUAUUCGCUGCUGCGGAUAGGAAUAAGGUUGAGUUUGAUGAUGAAAGAUCGUGGUCUGACUUCGAAGAGCAUGGGAGGCUGUGUGCCCAAGCAUCAAGCAGUGACGCGGCUAUCAAAGCGUCUCCGUCCACUGAUUGUUCUGCUUGGAGUGAGGGGUUCUUCUCGGAUAAAGCGAUAAAGAGGAAGAUUGCCACAAUGAAGAAGGGGGAUGCUCUGGCCAAGCAAAGUGUGGCAGACAGCGAGGUCACUGCACCUCCCACGACGGAUCUGAUGCUGAAGCUCUUUCCCUCUCUGAGGAUCAGACAGAAGGAAGAUGCACAACAAAGGCCUGAGACUAAGCCCAACAUGGGUCAGGGAGAACCAGCAGACACUGCUCGAUCCCAGCUUUUGAGAGAGAAGCUUGUUGAAUUGGAGACAGAAAUUGAAAGGUUCAGGAUGGAAAAUGCAUCUCUAACAAAACUUCGAGAAGAGCAUGAGAGUUCUUUGGAAAAUCUCAGGAAAGAAAUUGCCAACUUUGAACAACAGAAAGCAAAAGAACUAGCUCAAAUAGAAGAAAUGAAAAAAGAGGAAACAAGAAAACUUCAAAAAGAGCGUAAAGUUUUUGAGAAGUAUACCCUGGCAGCCAGAGCCAUUCCAGAUAAAAAAGAGCGUGAUGAAAUUCAGGCUCUGAAACAGCAGGUGGCAGCCUUGCAGGAAGAUUUAAAACGGAGAGAAGCAAAAUGGUCAACCACCCACAUGCGUCUUAGAGACCAGGUAGAAGCUUUAACCAGAGAGAAUACGGAACUACGGGAAGAGAUCAAAAUCAUGGAAAGAUUUCGUUUGGAAGCCUGGAAAAGAGACAGAGAAUCUGCGAACAGUAGGAAAGCUGACAGCUAUGGGGUCAGUUCCAAGAGAACAGCAGAGACUGCACAUGCACCAGCUAUAUUGCAGAAAAGUCAGACGGUGUCUUCAGUACCUCAAGCAGAGAAGAGCAGCAAAACAAAUGGGAAAGGCGACUUGCCCCCAGAAGGAAGACAUUCUGCAAGAUCUAGAUUAGCGGUUGUACCUAAUGAGAGUUACUCAGACAACCCAGCCACAACCCAUGACGACUCUUCCAAGACUUUUAUGGUAACAAGUAAGAAUGUUCUUGGUAGUGCAGCUGUUGACACCUCAACAGCAGCAACUCCCACCUACAUAGAUUCGGAAGAAGAAAUAGAAAGAGAAGCCAGUCACCCUGAUGGAAAGGUUGAAAAGAUUUUAAAGGAUGGCAGCCACCUUAUUUUCUUCCCUAAUGGCACACGGAAAGAAGUCAGCUGUGACGGCAAGACCACCACGGUAACCUUCUUCAAUGGGGAUAUAAAACAAGUUCUAGAAGACCAGCGAGUGAUAUACUAUUAUGCAGAUGCGAAGACUACCCACACCACCUACCCCACAGGUUUAGAGGUCCUACACUUCUCAAAUGGACAAAUAGAAAAGUACUUUCCAGAUGGAAGGAAAGAAAUUGCAUUCCCUGACCAAACUGUAAAAAAUAUAUUCCCAGACGGGCAAGAACAACACAUUUUUCCUGACGGCACCAUUAUCCGCGUACAGCAGGAUGGAAGCAAGACGAUAGAAUUCAACAAUGGUCAAGAAGAAUUGCACACAGCGCACUUCAAGAGGCGCAGGUAUCCUGAUGGCACCACCAAGACUGUAUAUGCAAACGGAUGCCAAGAAACAAAAUACGCCUCUGGUCGAGUAAGAGUUAAAGAUAAGGAUGGCAAAGUUAUAAUGGAUACUCUCCCACAAAUGACAGUUCCAUGUUGAUUACAUUUCAUGUUUUCU